UUAGCUCAGAGUGUGUGUGAGAGUUGUGUGUGAGUGUGUGAGAGUUGUGUGUGAGAGAGUUAUGAGGUGACACUGACCGCUUUACUCAGCUUCAGUGGUCUUACAGAAGGGAUUUCCGGUGUUGGACAUGCCACCCCAAAUGGAUUAUUUCUACCAAGAGGCCCGAAUUCCGCCCGUUUGUGUGGACCAGGGGCACGAGCACGCGCGCGCGGGCACGCCGGAGUCGGACCAGGAGCCGGUGAUCAGCUGCAUGCUGGUGGGAGAUGGAGCUGUGGGUAAAACCAGUAUGAUCAUCAGCUACACCAACAACGGGUAUCCCACUGACUACAAACAGACCGCUUUUGACGUGUUUUCAGGACAAGUGCAGGUGGAUGGAGCACCUGUGCGGAUCCAGUUGAUGGACACAGCUGGACAGGAGGAGUUUGACGGCUUCCGCUCGCUGUCGUACGCCCACACGGAUGUCUUCCUGCUGUGCUUCAGCGUGGUCAACCCGACAUCCUUCCAAAACAUCACCAAGAAAUGGAUCCCGGAGAUCCGCUCGUGCAACCCCACGUCUCCCAUCAUCCUGGUCGGGACUCAGUCGGACCUCCUGCUGGACGUCAACGUUCUCAUCGACCUGGACCGCUACAAGGUGAAGCCCGUGCUCAGUUCUCGGGCUCGGAACUUGGCAGAGAAGAUUCGGGCUACGGAGUACGUGGAGUGCUCGGCUUUGACGCAGAAGAACCUGAAGGAGGCUUUUGAUGCCGCCAUUUUCGCUGCCAUCAAACACAAGGCCAGGAAGGCCAAGAAGAUGAGACUGUCGGACAGACGCGCUAAAGCGUUUUCUAAAUGCAGCUGGAAAAAGUUCUUCUGCUUCGUCUGAUCCUGUGGGUCAAACUCUUUUGUAAUUUAUUAUUUAUUGCUUUUGGAUGGUUUUGGACGUGACGCGUGUUAUGAUCUCUACAUUUUGGCUUGUAGAACACAUCAAAUGCACCAAGAACCGUUUUGGAAUUGUUACAUCAUGACGCACGUGAGGCAAAUUAACAGAGCCACAAGGGGAAGUACUGAGUCGGGGCGCUGUGGUUGAUUAUUUUCCAAUGACAGCACUUCCUGAAGCGAUUUCAACUGAAUUAUUUCCAUUAUGGUUCAGGACUCUAUCCUGACUCCUUCAAUCUCCUUAGAGAAAACUCACUCCUCAUAGCAAUCAGAGCGAGCGCAUCGAUCUGAUAUGAAAGUGAUGCAUAGAAAAUCUACAGCGUGUUAAAAAAAUCAUUCAGGAGGAAAUAGGAGUAAAAUCUACAGUAUGUAAAUGAUGUGAAUUUGCAUUGUGUGGGAGGGUAAAAAAGCUGCAGCCUGGUGUGAGGAGCUGAAAGGGUUAAACCCCGACUCUCAUUGUGUUCAGCGCUAUGUUGUCAGACGGGACUUUUCAUAUGCGAGCUACGGCGUGACCCGUAUUCCUGACGGCUCCUUUUGAACAAUUAAGCGGCGACUUCACGAGUGCAGGAUUGAGUUUGUUCAGCCAAGCAACAUCUCCAGCGUGGUCAUUGUGUUGCUAAUUAAUCUCAGGCCAAUGGGGGAGUCGUUCCCCAGAACAGAGAUGUUCAGAUCUCCACUCGUUAUUAGUUUAUAAGACUCACUCAAUCACUCACAUAGCUGUUUGCAAUUAACACUAAUACUGUUAAGUACCAAACACACACACACACAGUGCCUUUUGGCUUGGAUCCUGGGCUUUACAUCACUCUUUCUCUUUAUCUCCGAGACCCUGCAUUGAUUUGUCGACUCAGUGUGUGUACAUUUGAUACCGUCGUGUAAAAUAGUGCUGUUUGUUUAAAACACUAAACUUUAUGCUUCUUGUGGAAGACUCUUUAAUAAUGCUGUUUAUUCUAAACAGUCUGAUUUAAUGCCAUAGGCAGGAAGGACUUAUAAUUUUCACUCACGCACACAAACACAUGUAUACAUGACAUUCUGGCAAUCAUUGAUUCAUUCCUCCAUUUAGUUGUCCGUUUUAUUUUUUUUCAUCUGCUCUGGACGUCUUCACCGUGUUUUGUGAGCUGGUUUAAUAAAGUGAAGUAAAAAAUCA